AUGUACUUCUUCUCGUCGGCUCUGCUGCUUGGCUCUGUCGCUCUUCAGAGCGUCAUGGGCCUGCCAAGUUUCAACCAAGAAAGAGACUUGACUAAGAGGGCUGUGGAUGACUUCAUCAACUUUGAAACCCCCAUUGCCCUUCAGCAACUCUUGUGCAAUAUCGGGGCCAGCGGCUGUCACUCGUCGGGUGUUGCCUCCGGCAUCGUCAUCGCUUCUCCAGACAAGCAGGACCCAGACUACUUUUAUACUUGGACCCGAGACAGUGCCCUCGUCUUCAAGUGUAUCGUCGAGAGAUUCACCAAUCAAUACGAUGCUGGUUUGCAGACACAUAUUCAAGAGUACAUCGUGUCCCAAGCUAAACUCCAGGGUGUUUCCAACCCGUCUGGAUCUCUGUCAGAUGGGUCGGGUCUGGGGGAGGCCAAGUACAACGUUGAUAUGAGUGCCUUUACUGGAGGCUGGGGUCGCCCCCAGCGAGAUGGUCCCGCCCUUCGAGCCAUUGCCAUGAUUGGUUAUGCCAAGUGGCUGGUGAACAAUGGCUACACUGCCACAGCUUCAAAUGUUCUAUGGCCAAUUAUUCGCAACGAUCUCAACUACGUGACCCAGUACUGGAACCGAACGGGAUUUGACUUGUGGGAAGAAGUCAAUGGCAGUUCAUUCUUCACCAUCGCUAGUCAAUAUCGAGGCAACACAAUAGCUGUGCAGCUUGGAAAGUCUGGCGACUCGUAUUCUGCAAUUGCGCCUCAGGUUUUGUGCUUCUUGCAAAAAUUCUGGUUACCCUCUAGCAAUUAUAUUGAUGCUAACAUCAACGUCAACGACGGGCGGACAGGCAAGGACGCAAACACUGUCCUUGCAUCCAUUCAUAACUUUGACCCAAGCCUCAACUGUGACGACGCUACGUUCCAACCAUGCAGUCAGAGGUCACUCGCCAACCUCAAGCAAGUCGUCGACUCCUUUCGUUUCUACACCAUCAACCAGGGCAUCUCGGCAGGAACAGCCAUCUCUAUUGGCAGGUAUUCCGAGGAUGUUUACUACAACGGCAACCCAUGGUAUCUGAAUACUCUCGCCGUUGCGGAACAACUCUACGAUGCCAUCUACGUGUGGAAGAAGGCUGGCUCCAUCACUGUGUCGGACACAUCGCUGGCUUUCUUCAAGGAUCUGUCCAGCAGUGUUUCAACAGGUACAUACAGCAGCAGUUCGGCCACAUACACGACUUUGAUAAACGCCGUCUCGACUUAUGCAGAUGGAUUUGUCAACAUUGUCUCCAAGUAUGCCGCAACAAACGGGUCCUUGGCUGAGCAAUUCUCAAAGAGCAACGGCACGCCCCUUUCUGCAGACGAUUUGACCUGGUCCUACGCUGCAUUUCUCACCGCGGCAGCUCGCCGAGCGGGCAUCGUACCUCCUUCAUGGGCUAGCGGCGCCCCAUCGGUGCCUGGGACCUGCCAGUCGACCUCGAUUGUUGGGUCCUACUCGUCAGCCACUUCCACAUCGUUUCCUACAUCCCAAACGCCCAUCUCUGGAACAGUGACCAUUCCAUCACCAACAGGAACGGGAUCCUCAACGUCUUCCUCUGCUACCAGCUGCGCCACUGCGUCUACAGUUGCUGUGACCUUCGACUCCCUCACCGAGACCCAGUAUGGGGACACCAUCAAGAUCGUCGGCAGCAUCGCUGCUCUUGGCAGCUGGAACACCAACAACGCCAUUUCGCUCAGUGCCUCGGACUAUACGUCCGCGAAUCCCUUGUGGAAGGUCACGAUCUCACUCCCCGCUGGCCAGUCGUUUGAGUAUAAGUACAUCAACAUCAAGGCAAGCGGUACUCUAGUGUGGGAAAAGGACCCAAACCGCAGCUACACGGUCCCCAAGACGUGUGCCACAACCGCAACCAAGAACGACAAGUGGCAGUCUUAA